AUGCGCGGCAUCCAGGUUACCAAGUACGUCAAGGCCCCGUCCGAGCUCAGGGUCAGCGAGCUCCCCGACCCAGUCCCGAAGCCGAACCAAUACGUAGUCGCCAUCCACGCAACCGCCUGCAACUUUUUUGAUAUCCUGCAAAUCCAGGGCAAAUACCAGACCCAGCCGCCAUUUCCGUGGAUUUCUGGCUCUGAGUUCGCCGGUGUCAUUGUUCAAGCACCCGCCUCCCUCUCCGAUGGCCGCACUCCGAAAUACAAGGUCGGCGACAGGGUCUUUGGCGGCUCCCAGGGAGGCUAUGCCACAAAGAUUGCCGUGGACGAGGACAAGAUUCUGCCCAUGCCCAAGGGUUGGAGCUUCUUCGAUGCAGCUGGCCUUUUUGUGACCGCUCCCACCAGUUACGCUGGCCUGGUGAACCGCGCAAAUAUCAAAGCGGGCGACUACGUUCUGAUUCACGCUGCAGCUGGCGGUGUCGGACUUGCUGCAGUGCAGAUUGCAAAGGCAUUCGGCGCUACGGUCAUCGCCACAGCAGGCACUGCUCGGAAGCUGGAAGUGGCCAAUUCCUUCGGCGCCGACCAUGUCAUCGACUACCGGCAAGAGAACUGGCCGGAUCUGGUUAAGAAACUGACGCCAAAGGGCAGGGGCGUGGACAUCGUCUACGACUCUGUAGGCCUCAUUGCCCAGUCAAUGAAGUGCAUUGCCUGGGAUGGACGCCUUUUGGUCAUUGGAUUCGCUGGAGGCCCAAUCGAGAAGGUCGCAACGAACCGCAUUCUGUUGAAGAACUGUAGCGUCGUUGGGCUGUUUUGGGGAGCGCAGGCGGCUCGCGAUCCAGCUGUCGCGGCCAAGGUAUGGCAGGGUAUAUUUGAACUUAUGGAAGCUGGCAAGUUCAGAGGAACGUGCUUCACGGAUAAGGAGUUCGUUGGCCUAGAGAGCGUGCCUGAUGCACUGAGCGCUCUGGGUGGAAGAAACACGUGGGGCAAGGUCGUGGUAAAAGUGCCACAGGAGGGUCAAAGCAAGCUAUGA